AUGGUCACGAUGCACGUGGGCACAUGGAAGCAGUGUCUCUUGAUGCUGCACUGGGAACACAAGCAGCGCAAAGCCUUGCAGGGAGCGAUCGCAGCACUCUUGUCUCUCCAUCAGACUCAGGACAAGAGCUGCGCGGGCCCGGAGACGGCGGAGUGGAACCAGCUAGAAAGCGCUGUGGUAGAUUUGCAACAGGAGCGACGCAAGACGGUCCUCUUCCGGAACAGGCUGCCGAGGAAAGGGCGGGGGCGACACCAAGUCCACUUGUUCGUGCCGGAGUUUGAGAGCAUCGAGGAGAACACUCGCUUCCCUCGCCGACCCGAAAACGACACCGACCUCGUGCGCUCCGGUAUCGAUUCCAAGAAACCCCCCUACGCCUUCGGCGGCACCAUUUUCCGCGUUUUGCAGCCGGAGCUGGCGGGUCGCAUGGUCCACGUUUUCGGCGGAUAUCGGUCUUCGGAACUGGUGCCACAGAUGCGCGAGGCGGGAUUUGAUGCCAGGCGGGGAAUCACCACGCGGGUCUUCGAGGACGGGCUGUUGCCCGCACUUGCCCUGAAGGAGCAAGAGAGAAAGGCCAUCAUCCAGGCGCGUGAGGACCGAGAGAACAAUAGAAAGCGACACGGCCAGUCAGCCCCAGCCGGAAAGCAAGGGGCGGGUUCGUCACCGGCUUCAGCGACAGCAUCGUCCGCUAGCGCGGAUCCGGGGCCGGGGACAACAUCAACAUCAAGUCGGGCACCACAAUCCAGAGCCGCUCUGUCGAGGGACCCACGAAAACCGCGCUGCACUGGGAACCCGAAUGCCUUUUCAACGGGGGCAAGAUCCUUGAUGCCCCCUGUGCUGGAGCUGGAGGGUAGAUGCGGACGGGAGGUGGUGAUCGUAGAUGUAGUGGAGCACGCCCGCACCCUCCCGGCGCAAGUGGAGUGGUUCGUGCGGGUCUGCGACCACAUAGGGAACCUACCGGGAUCGUUGUAUGUAAUGAUCUGUGAAAACCAGCAAACCAUCGAGGUGGCGGACCUUCUCGGGGAGCUCUGCGGUUGGGAGCGCAAUGUCGUUGACGGGGCCAAGAGAAAGUGCUCAAUGCUCUGCAUGCGACCCCCUGAGGCCACCGAGGACACCGAGGCCAAUCUACGAAUUAGCAUUCAGGAGAUGAUGAAAAUGUGCAGCCAGGAGGAGUUGGGCGCUGAGUCGUCCGCGGAGCAGAAGGAGAAAGAGCUGGAAGUGAUGACCUUCAGACACGAGGACAAAGACGACGAAGGGCUGGCUGUACGGCGAGUCGAAGACCGCGAGCGCAGCGCGGGUCGUGCGGACGCGACUCCGUGCUGGCACGACGCGACUGGCAACACGAGAAGAGUAGAUGAACAAGGGUCCGAGGAUGAAAGUGCGCCGAUCCCAGGAGUUGUUGACUUCUUGUGCGACGAUCUCAGAGGGCUGAGCGUGCAAGACAGGGACCUCCGCACAGAUGAAGAGAUGAGCGACUCGGGCCGCUCCCUGUGGGACGGAGAGGCACCGCUGGACCUUGACUCGGAAGACGAUGGCAGUGAAGUGGAACCGAUUGCGCAGCCCUUUGCGAGACUCUUGAACACGCAUGCGCGGCGCGAAGAAAUGCACAGGCGCGCUCUGUCCUCGUCGGAAGCGAACACGGAAGAUCGCGGCCCGUCCCUCGCCCCGAACUUCGACCCCCAUCUGGUGUUGCGCAAUAGUUAGCGGAGCGUGUGCUACCGCUGCAAGAAGGUGAUCGGCACGUGGAGUUGUUGAUAGAGCGUGCCCUGCCCGCCUCGCUAUGAUGCAGGAUGAGCGUACGCGUGCCGUCUGUUGAGCUUCACAUGCGCAUGAUCCGUAAUCGUAUUUGUGCUAUAAAAGGCUGAGCCUGAGGCGUUCGAUGUCUACGUACAUCUCCGGCCACCAGCGCAAUUCGAAUACAAGUAAAUAGUGCCCAAUGCGUAUGGGGGGCUAAAUGGCUGACCAGCAGCCUUACGCGUUGUGCCACAUAAAUGAAGAAAGCCAUAUUUUUGCAGCGCGAUGUAGAUAUGAUCGUCGGAUCCGUGUGUCUUUUGCCAGCUCGCCCCUCUUGUUAUCGAUAUCAUCAAACUAGGGCUUUAGAUUUCUAUCUAGGAACGCGAAGAGAGACGAGGGCUACUGUAUACGUAUAUAAAUGUUUUUCUUUUUGCUACAGAUUGCAGACUAAAAACAAACGAAAAUAAAGCUGCGAAGUAACAGUAGACAAGCAUAUUAUUGAUGUCGAUCUCCGAACGCUUGAUUGCACAAGGUGCUUCGCAUGAACAUACCACUUUGCUCCCGUUUUUCCUUUCUGAAUGAAGCUGAACAAAUUAUAUAUCUGGAGGCAAUGAGAUUGAGAUAGUGAACAAAAUUCACUUUGCAUGUUGAUACUUAUUUUGCAAAAAAUAGAAAAAAAAUAAUAGGAAGAUAUGGUGUGGCUGUGGCAUCGUUCUUGUCAUGACAUACUUUUAGUUUUACUUUCAGAUAGUCCUCUGCGUACAGAUGUCAAAAGAAGAUGUAUUUUUCGGCACCGACUGAUAAAGCCUUUUUCUCUAGUUUUUUUGAAAGGAAGGAUACAUAUUUCGAUGGACGUGAGUUACGUAACUUUUUGACAUCUGAAGUGGUCCGUCGUGCACAGCGAUGCACUUGUUUUGAUGUCCUUCUAUCGUCUGUUUUCAAGGGAAUAUAGCAGCCUAUAGAAUUCGCUGAUAUAGACUAAAUCUUGUUAUUCUCUCGAUCGCACGACUUUUGAUGACUGUGGACACGAACAUGUUUCAUUUUUUUCUGUAUUUUUAAUUUUAUCUUGUCUGCUUCUUGUUGUGUUGGUGUUCUCCUUCUUUACCUUUUAUGCACUACAACUUUAACUUUUAUCUUUUCUGCUAAAAAUGUUUAUGUGACGUGUCGUUCCUGUAGUAUGUAUUUAAAAAAAUAAAAUCUUGUCUGCUAAAAACCCCAUCAGUUGGGUAAGUCGUUCGUUCGGUUUUCUAAAUUUUGCUGUUCGAUAGCAAGCGGUCUCUUUGUGGAUAUUAUAAAAUUCACUACACGAGAGCCCCACUUGUUGUUGAAAUUGGAUGUUUUGAAACGCAAAUGCUAAACCCUGGCUGAUAGCAUGGAUAAAGUGAGAUCAUCCCGAUCGAAAUGCUUGAACAAAUUUGCCGC